CGACGAACUGCAGUCCAACUCUKCCACCGUGCGCCGAGUAUCGRCUCUCACCUCCAACACCCAGAGAGCACAGCACUCCACCUCAACUACCUAGUCACAACCAACGCUYCUCGGACCAUAAUUCAAACCUCACUUGACAGGUACCAACCUCGGCCCAGAAAAUUCGUCAAAAUGGCACUUUCAUAUUCCCAGGCUGCCCAAAAGGGAAUGACGGCGAAGGAAAAAAGUGACUUUGCCAAGGGACAGGCAGGAGUACCGGCGAGUCAGGUGGGACAGACAUCCUCAGAUUCAGGCACAACUUCAAGGAUGGAAGGGGCCAAGCCAARAACACUGGGACAAAGAGCCAUGGACUUUCUGAUGGAGAAAACACAGAUCAAGGCGGAGGUUAACGUGGUAAAGGAGUUGAUUAAAGGGGAAGGAGGGAAGGAAGAGGAAGUGGAAAUCUGGGAAUACCCAGAGGAGGACAUUCAGUCACUGAAUGAACUGUAUGAAAAGCAUGCAGUCCUGUUCAACUUUUCGGGGCGCRGCAGGGAACUAUCAUUGAAUGAAAAGAGGCGAUGGGUGAUGGACAGGUUAAUCGCCCUGGAAAAUGUCCCAGGAAAGGAACCGGAGGUCUCUUACCACAGGCGGGGAAGAAACACAGUUAUGAUAGUCUGUGUGGAUCCAACAUACGCACAAUAUCUGAUAUCCAUUGGAGCACUGAAAUGCAAGAGGGCGGUGGUCACGAUUCAGUCUUGGAAACCACCAAGGCCACCGCAGGCUGAGGCGUCAAGGCACAGACAGACCAUGUUGAGAAACCACUUCUGGGUUCAGUUCGACAACCUGUCAGARGGAAUGCACAGUUUCGUGCAGAAGAGGCUCGAAACYGAGUAUCCCAACAACCCAAUCAUCGAGUGGCUCCCAGCGAACCCAGAUUUUCUGGCACCAAACCACGACGCAAGAGUGGCAUGCUUAGAGGUAUCAACAGGUUCGCCACCGAAAUUUCCUGAUCUGUGGAUGUUCAGGAAGAACGGCCAGAGAAUCACAGUGUUUAUUUCAUCCAAGACCAACCCAUUUUGCUUCAAGUGUAGGGGAAGGGGACAUUUGGGAACCUCAUGCCCACAAGGGGGGCRAGGAGCWUCAGGGAGCAAGAGAUUGACCUUGAAACAGUCAAUGAUGCAGGAGUGCKAAAACAAACCGGGUGUCUGGUACAUAAAUUCAGCACAAUACAGAGGCUGGAUCUUCGAUGACAACUUGGAGAAUCCGAAGUGGGUCUGGGWACUGAAAGGGGAACCAUCAGUCAAACCAGACAUCUACCCUCCAUACGACAGCAGAUGGAGACAGACUGGCGCCAAGCGCAUAGAGGACAAGGACACAGGCUUCCUAAUCAAGCCCAUGUUGGAAGAGGCGGUAAUSCAGGACGUGGAACAAAGACUGAAGCUUAUGGGAGAACUGCACGAAGUUGGAAAAAACGCAGAAUUGGCCUUCUUGGAAAACGCAGCAGCCAGGGARCAGCAAUGGAGACAGGUGAGGGAGAGGAAUGAGAAAUCGAAGGAGACAGAAGGACAAGGAGACAAUAUGGAGACAGAGGAGGGAGAAGGAAGAGAAGAAGGAGGAAAGCAACUCACCAAAAGGAAGGGAAGAACCAGAGGAGAGGAGGGAGCCAGCUCGCAGGAAGGGAGUGUACAGAGAAAAAGRAGACAGAAGAGCAAGCAAAAGGAGGAGAGCAUGACAGAGCACRAGGGAGAAGGAUCCACAGACAGCAGCAAGACAUCAGCAGAGAACAAGCAGGAACAAGGAACAGAACCAAUCUCACAAGGAGCAGAYUCCAAAGAAAUGAAGGAAACAAGCGAAGAAGCCAAAGCAGAGGGAGAAGAGAGGGAGGGGACCUCACAACCCAAGUCAGCAAYAGAUGCUUCUUCUACACACGAGGAGGAGGAGGACAAACCACAAGACCCGAUGGGAYAGGAAGAGGAAGACAGCAUAAGGGAAAGAGCGAAGAAGAGAGGCAUGCAAAAUGUGGACAACAUGACAGUGGAGGAAAUACUACAAGCUGAGGAGGAACAGAAAGAUUUCUCAGACCACACAGGAGGGGAAACAUCUUCAGGAGAGGAGGACGAAGAGGARGAGUCAAGGGAAGAAGAGGGGGAGACUGAAGAAGAAAUGUGGACAAGGGAACAAUGGCAAAGGGAAGUGGAACAGCUGGAGUGGGGAAGGACAGUGGAAUGUGAAAUCCGACUGGCCCAUCACAAGCACCUGAGGAAUCUCAGACAAGUGACUCAAGCAGGUCCAGACAUUACCACAGAGAACAAAUUUGAGCUGCUGAAGAGAGAGGGAGAAAUCAAUGAAUUUUAUGCAGCCCAAUAUGCCUGCAAGGCCCGCACAACGAAGAAUGAGAUUCACAUACAGCAAGAAGAGUAUGACAAGCUCUUCCAAUGGCCGAAGGCGUACCACAGCAAGGAGGGCAAGAACAGCAACAGGAAAAGGAAGAUGAGGAAAGAGGAGGAACAUAUCAGCUCAACAGACAAAGACAAGGAAGUAGGAGAGGAUACAGCAAUGGAGGAAGCUCAGRCAGAAGAGGAAAAGGAGGAGGAGGAGAUUCAGGACCUGAGAAGGCAAGCAGCGAUUUUGGGAGCUCAAGUUAACAGACUCAGAGAUGAGAACAGGGAACUGCAGGAAGACACAGUGAGCAUUCAGAAGAUUGCAAAAGGUCAGUGGAAGGAGAUAGAAGCRGCAGCCAAAUUGGAAGCCAGGAAUGGGCAAGGAAGGAGGGUGUUACUGCCAUGUCGUUGGAACGCAGGACACUCAGAUUGGGAAGUUGCAAUCGAUCAGUCCCUGCAACUUUUAACAGCACAGGUGGAAGAAUGCACAGCCACAGGACUGCAAGGGCUGAUAGGUAGCAACCUGCCAGCUCAUACAUUCCUCCUGAAAGAAGGGUAUGGGGARCGGAUGGAACUGGGAGAGGAGGGAGRGGCAGAGUCUACACCUGAUUUCAGCCCUUUGAUCUGGCAGAUGGAGGAAGAGGCAGAGCUUAGGGAGGGUCUGGUAUGGAUGCCGUGGCAGGUAGUAGAGACCAUUCCCUAUGGACUCUUGGGAGGAGAAAGAGGAGCAGAAUGGGUAGCUAGAUGCGCAGCAGUGGCAGUCAAGGUGGAGGCCCUGUCCUGGCUGCCACAAUUCUUCGAGAAGAACGUUAGCGAGGUGGCAAUGUUGAUAGACCUUACUGCACCAAACACCUAAACAAGAAACAAGGGAGAGUAAGGAACCAUGUUAACACAGAAACYGGAUGGAGGAGACAGCAGARGAGAGACCAAGAAAGAAAGCAAGGAGACCAAAAGGGGGAACAGCGGCACCGGAGAUUAAGAUUACAUCAUGGAAUGUGAAUGGGAUGGUAGGKAUUCUGGAUAACAGGGACAAGUGGCAAAACGUCCUCAACUAUUCAGAGUGGUAUGCGUCGUCUCCACCRKAWUUUUUGUGUUUACAGGAAACACAUUUACAGGACACUGAAGAGCAUCGGAAGACGAGGAAUAAARUAGAAAGAAUUMUGCACAGAGUAAAGRCYUCAUGGUGGGCACCGGCAACAAGUAAUCACUCUGCAGGGGUAGUAAUCAUACAAAACAAACGGUCACCAACGUC